AUGGCGGCCAUCACUACCACAGCCACUGAGACGACGACCAUCAAGGCCAGAGGUGCUGAACAGUCUCUCGAGCCCGUCUACCCGGAUGUCAACACCAUCCGCAAGGCCAUCCCGGCCCACUGCUUCCAGCCCUCGGCCCUGAGGUCGCUGUCGUACGUCUUCCGGGACCUGUGCCUGGCCGCUGGACUCGGCUACGCGGCGCUGACCUACAUCCCGGCGCUCGACAAUGUCUACUACCGCGCCGCCGCCUGGGCCACCUACGGCUUCGCCCAGGGCCUGGUCGGCACCGGCAUCUGGAUCCUGGCCCACGAGUGCGGCCACGGCGCCUUCUCCCUGCACCGCAGCCUCAACGACGUCGUCGGCUGGGUCCUGCACAGCCUGCUGAUGGUGCCCUACUUCUCGUGGAAGUUCAGUCACGCCCGCCACCACAUGUACACCGGCCACAUGGAGCGCGACAUGGCCUUCGUGCCCGCCACCAAGGAGAUCCACGAGCACAAGGUCGCCCGCCUGUCAUGGCUGGGCAUCGACCCGGAGAUGGUUGAGGACGCCCCCAUCGUCAACUUCGUCAAGCUCAUGGCCCACCAGCUCUUCGCCUGGCAGACGUACCUGCUGUUCAACAUCUCGGCCGGCCCCAAGUCGCUGCAGCGCAAGGGCGCCUGGUGGCGCCUGAGCCACUUCGAGCCCACCGGCGCCGUCUUCCGGCCCCAGGAGGCCCUGUACGUGCUCAUCACCGACAUUGGUUUGGCACUCGUCGGUUACGCCCUGUACGCCGCCGCCCAGCAAAUCGGUGGCUGGACCACCUUCCUGCUGUACGGUGUCCCCUACUUCUGGGUCCACCACUGGCUCAUCGCCAUCACCUACCUCCACCACAACCACCCCGACGUCAAGCACUUCGACGCCGAGGGCUGGACCUUUGUCAAGGGCGCUCUGGCCACCAUCGACCGUGACUUUGGCUGGAUUGACCGCCACCUGUUCCACGGCAUCAUCGGCACCCACGUCGUGCACCACCUGUUUGCUCGUAUCCCCUUCUACUACGCCGAGGAGGCCACCGAGGCUAUCAAGCCCGUCGUCGGCGACCUGUACCACCGCGACGAGCGCUCCUUCUACGGCCAGCUGUGGUCCGUCUUCAACAACUGCAAGUACGUAGAGAAGGACCCUAAGAUGCCGGGCGUCAUGCGAUGGCACAAGGGUGCCUAA